AUAAGAACAACCCCUAAAUUAAAGUAAGCCAUGAUUAGAACCCUUCGUUUACCAUCACUCUUAAUUUCCCGAAAUGCCAUGUUUCUGUCAGUUUUUCAACAAAGCCAAACAGUACCGUGCUGUCUCCAGUGCUCCGAAAAGCGACGGCGCCUCAAACACCGAUCAGACUGACCCCAUUCGUGGAGGCAGCGCGGUUUCGGCGUCGGAACUUGUCCAACUGAAAGCCGAGGUAUGGACACUCCGAAAUGCUCUCUCGGACGCCACCGCAGUGAAUAACAAUAUGCAGGAUGCAAUCACACAAGCGGUAGCGGAAAAAUACGAGCUGCUCGAUGAACUGCAACGGGCGAAGAGUGAGAUUGCCACGCUGGAAACGGAACGCCGGAAGGAACGAAAUCUGUACUGCCAGGAAAAAGAUAAAUUUCUACAGGAAAUUGCAUCCUACCGGGUGAAAAUCAACGAGCUGUCGUUUUUAGUGGAUAAAAUUUCGCAACAAAACAUUGAUUUGAAACAGUCACUUUUUGAAGCAAACGACACGGUAUGUAAAAUAGGACAUAAAUAUAUGAAGCUCAAGUCAUCAGGGUACUGAAGUUUGGCGAUUUCGUAAAUGUUAUUAUAAGCAUUAAGCAGCUUACUGUCAGAACAUUUUAUCUCGAGAUUACUAAAGAAAACCAUCAUCCUCGUAAAA